AUGUCCGAACUUGCCGAACGACCUUUCACCCUCUCCGUGCCCGACGCCGACCUCGCACUCCUCCGCAAGAAGCUGGACCUCAUCCGCCUUCCAGACGAGCUCGACGGCGCCGAAUGGCACUACGGCGCGCCGCUCGCCGACGUCAAGAGGCUCGUCGCCCGCUGGAAGGACGGCUUCAGCUGGCGCGAGGCCGAGGCGCGCAUCAACACCGUGCUCCCCAUGUUCACCCGCGACAUCGACGUCGACGGCUUCGGGACGCUCAACAUCCACUACGUCCACCAGAAGAGCGAGGUGAAGGAUGCGAUCCCGUUGCUGUGGGUGCACGGCUGGCCCGGGAACUUCUUGGAGGGCAGGAAGCUCCUGCCUCUCUUGACGUCGAGCUCGCCCGACUAUCCCAGCUUCCACGUCGUCAUGAUCAGUCUUCCCGGGUUUGGGUUCUCGGAAGCACCGAAGAAGCCCGGCUUUGCUGGACGCCAGUACGCAGAGGUGUUCAACAAGUUGAUGGUCUCUUUGGGUUAUGACGAAUAUGUGUACCAGGGUGGCGAUUGGGGACAUAUCCUUGGGGUUCAUGCAGUAAACAUUUAUGGGCACAAGCACAUCAAAGCAUGGCUGACCAACCUGCCAGUUUACCGUAAUCCGACCAUAUUCUCGAAUCCCAUCUACUAUCUUGAGAUGCUCGCACUGCCUGUCACAACCCUCUUCAACGACCAAGCACGCGCCGACUAUGAGAAGACGCAGCAAUGGUACAAGACAGGCACGGGCUAUUGGGCCGAGCAGGCCACCGAGCCGCAGACGAUCGGGUACAGCCUCGCGGACUCUCCGGUCGGGCUCCUCGCCUGGAUCUACGAAAAGCUCGUGACCUGGACCGACAAGUACCCCUGGACAGACGAUGAAGUCCUCGAGUGGAUCUCGGUCUACUGGUUCUCGCGUGCGGGCCCCGCCGCGGCGAGCAGGAUCUACUACGAGAUGACUGGCGGGUACGAGCACGACUACUGGAAGGACACCAAGUGGACGUCUGUCCCGCUGGGUGCGUCUUACUUCCCUGCCGAGCUCACCCACCCGCCCAAUUCCUGGUUGAACAUGCUCGGAAAGGUAGUCUUCGAGUCCACGCACGACAAGGGUGGGCACUUCGCUGCUUAUGAAGAGCCGGACUUGCUGGCGGGGGACCUGCGUAAGAUGUUUGCUAAGGGUGGUCCUGCCUUCGGCGUCGUCCCCGGGAAGAGCGGAUACAAUUGA